AUGUUAACCUUUAAAGAGAUGACAAAAUGCAUUUAUAAAAUGAUACCUACAAGUACAAAGGAUCUUGAUGAUUUAAGAAUGGAAGGAGUAACCAGUUUGAUGUCUUCUGGGAGCAAAUUUAACCAAACUCGAAGUGCACAUCCUGUUGAACCUCAGGCAAAGGUCACACUGAACAUCUGUGCAAGGUGUGCCAGACUGCAAGGAGAUAACUUAGUGGAACAGGCGGAGGAUGUGUCGCUCAUGUCUCAGGGUCCUGAGGAAGCACUGCCUGACUCUGAUGCUUCAGUGCCUGGAGUGGAAACACAGAUGGAAGAUACUAAUGACUUUGAAAGUGCAUCUCAAGUAAUGGGACCUCAUCAACCGGCAUGGGACCUGGACAUCAUGUGCAUCAGAAAUGGAGGUUCCCCAAGCCAGAAACUCUUAAAAGAUUCCAUAGCGGUUAAAGAAUUACAGACCAUGGAAAAACACCUGGCUGACAUUGAAAAGGACUUAGCACUCUGGGAAGAAGCAAGGCUGUCAAGGAGCCCUAGUAGUCAACCUACUAAUUUAGUUACUUCAGAUCAUCCAGGAAACCGUCAAGCAACACCAAGCCAAAAUUCAAGGCCUCAAGUGCCAACUCAAUCUGGGAAAAAUGUUCAACUCCAGCUGCAAGGAAAUAAAUCACCACCACUACCUAAUAACAGCAGAACCCAGGUCUGCAGUAUCUCAAACAGUAGGCCUCAGACUCCCAACAUGCAGACCAACAGGCAUCCAACUCCAUCAACAGGAAACAGACCUGUGACUCCGAAUAGUUUGCUGUCACAACCUCUAACACCUAGCAACCAGGAAAAUAAGGAAGGAAUCAUUAGUAUGCAAAGAAGCAGGUCUUUAACAUCUAAGAGCCAAAUGGGGAGGACCCUUGGAACUCCUUCAGGGCUAGCUGUCCAAAUGAGUGGAGACAUUUUUGGAACUGUCACUCAGAGAAGCAGUAUAUCAGAAGAUGAAUUCUUACAACAACUUCAACUUGUCCACCAACCCUGGAUAUUGCCAAGUGACACAGAGAGUGAAGGAGUGGAAGCUGAUCAAGAUAAAUAUUUAUGUAGUGAAGUUCGUAGGCUCAUCUUCAAAAGCCAACAACAACUGAGUACCAGAUGGAAUUGAGUACCACCGAAAAUCUAUCAAAGACUUUUGUGCUCAAAAGCUUUCAAAGAACAAUUUUUCCAACUAUUUUGUUGGUCUAAUAAAAAUAUUGUAUUUACCCAAA